GGUUCGACGGGCAUAGGAAUUCAAAUUCAUUCCGUUCGAAUUUUCGUCCAACGUCCCCAGUUCCCUCGCUUUGCUGUGUUCUCACAGUUGCGAAUCGAUGAAAAAAUCUCUGAUGAAGGAAGAGAAUGGAACUCCAAAGCGGCAAUGGUCCUUGCAAGACUUCGAUGUAGGAAAGCCCCUUGGCAAAGGAAAAUUCGGCAGAGUCUAUCUAGCAAGAGAAGUCAAGAGCAAGUAUAUAGUGGCACUGAAGGUAAUUUUCAAGGAGCAGAUGGAGAAGUACAGGAUUCAUCAUCAGUUGAGGAGAGAGAUGGAGAUCCAAACCAGUCUUCGGCACCCCAACAUCCUGCGCCUCUAUGGAUGGUUUCAUGAUGCUGAACGUAUUUUCUUGAUAUUGGAAUACGCUCACCGCGGUGAGCUUUAUAGGGAGCUUAGGAAAAGUGGUCAUCUCAGCGAGCAGCAAGCUGCCACCUACAUUUUAAGUCUCACACAAGCAUUGGCAUACUGCCAUGAGAAGCAUGUGAUUCACAGGGAUAUUAAGCCAGAAAAUUUGCUGCUUGAUCAUGAGGGCCGGCUGAAAAUUGCAGAUUUUGGAUGGUCUGUACAGUCGAGAAGCAAGAGACAUACCAUGUGUGGAACUCUGGAUUAUUUAGCCCCAGAAAUGGUGGAGAAUAAAGCUCACGACUAUGCAGUAGAUAAUUGGACUUUGGGCAUUCUCUGCUAUGAGUUCCUUUAUGGAGUGCCUCCAUUUGAAGCUGAAAGUCAAAGCGACACGUUUAAAAGGAUAAUGAAGGUCGACUUGAAUUUUCCCUCGACCCCUCACGUUUCUUCCGAAGCAAAAGAUCUAAUUGGCCGGCUCUUGGUGAAGGAUUCCUCUAGAAGACUUUCACUUCAGAAGAUAGUGGAGCAUCCCUGGAUAAUCAUGAAUGCAGAUCCAUCUGGUAUUUGCAGUAGCAGCAGAGACUUUGAUGUGUCAAGUAUUUCUGGAUCAGAGGACGAAACAGAGAAGGAGAUUUACCCUCGUAAUGAAGGGUCUAAGGUAACAAAUGAUAGUGUGAACAAGAAGAAGUUGUUCGUUCAUCUUCAAACAGGUGAAAGAGUUUCGGUUUGGAAGUGUUUGCUCAUAAAUGAGUUGGAUAGUAUUUCGUAUGAGGAUGAUAAAACAUCGGUUGGCGGUAAUGGUAUUCAUUCACAAAAUCUUAGAGAGAAUGAAGUCAUAGCGAGAUUGAAAUAUCUAAAUCACGAGCCAAGAGAUGGCACCCAUUUGCGGAUAGUGUUGCUUGCAAGUGGUGGGCACUUCGCCGGUUGUGUUUUCGACGGGAACUCGGUUGUGGCUCAUAAAACCUUUCACAGAUAUGUAGUGAGAGCCAAGUCUGGAAAGAAGCAGUCAUCAAAAGAUGCAAGUGGCAAAACGAUCAGUUCUGCCGGGGCUUCUCUUCGUCGUCAUAAUGAACUCGCGUUGAAGAAGGAAAUUCAAGAUCUCCUAGCUGCUUGGAAGUCCUAUUUUAAUGCUUCUUCUUGCGUUUAUAUUUAUGCUCCUUCAAACAACCGGCAAUUACUUUUUAAUGGGGAUAAGCCAUAUUUUAGCGAUCAGCGUUCUGCUGUUCGGAAUAUUCCUUUGACUGUUCGAAGGCCUACGUUAAAAGAAGCUCGACGUGUUUAUGAACAAUUGGUGCAAGUAGCAUAUGAAGUAGAAGAUAAGGAAGUAUUGUCCACCAGUGGGCACAAUUCACCAUCAAGUGUAGUUACAACAGACAAUGGCACCCAAGAUAUUGGUGAACCGAAAGUUAUUGGAGACUUGGAAAAGGAUGCUUGUACACAUCUUGAAGAACCUGUUGAACAUCCAAUAACUAGAGAGAGUGAAAGUGAAAGUACUUGUAUAACUACACCUCUGCAUGAAGCAUCACAGACUGGAAAUGCAGAUAAGGUUUUGGAACUCCUUGAACAGGGUCUUGAUCCUUGCGCCAAAGACGAACGAGGACGGACUCCUUACAUGCUAGCAACUGAAAAGGAAGUCCGAAAUAGCUUCAGAAGGUUCAUGGCUUCAAACCUUGAUAAGUGGGAUUGGAAUGCUGCUAAAGUUCCGAGCGCGCUAACCAAGGAAAUGGAGGAAUCACAAGCUGCUAAGCAGGCAGAAAAAGAUGCCAAGCGAAAGGCACGAGCGAAGGAAUUGAAGAAGUUAAAGAAAGAAAAGGCCAAGAAAGCACAGGCCGAGGCCGAGGCUGCCGAAUCUCAAAAAGCUGCGAAGGCGGAACACGGCAGAGGAAUCGGCUCUAUUUUGAAUACUCGAGCUGAAUCAACCAGUGGAAAACUGAUUACCAAAGAGAUGGUACAGGCUGCCGAGCGUGAAAAGAGAGCAGCAGCUGCCGAGAGGAGAAUCGCAGCCAUGGCUGCAGCUGCAGCCACCAAUGGUUCCUCGUCGACUAUUCCAAACAGCUCACAGACUAAAACCGGGUUAGCCGGGGACAUCAACUGUUCCUGUUGCGGUACGUCGCUAGCUGGUAAGGUUCCUUUCCACCGGUACAACUAUAAAUAUUGUAGCUCAACAUGCAUGCAUGUACACAAAGAGGUCCUUGAAGAAAACUAGCGUGGAUUAUUAUGAGGUUGAUACUCCUUUUACUUCAUAUCACACCAUUUUUUUCCUCCUGUUCAUCUGAAAUGCUUGAAGAACAAUGUCAGAUUAUUUGAAAGUUUCAAUUAUAUCUGCUUCUCUCCAUUUGGUU